UCAUGUUAUUUGUUUACUUUUCUGUUGAAUUUUUCUAAUCCAUUAUUUUCUAGCAGGUUAGCUAAAUUGGGUCCCUCUAUUUAACGAAAUUAUAAUUACCUAAUUUGCGUCGAGGUGUAACAGCCCAAUUUACAGCAUUAAAAACUUCAGUAACUGCAUAAUGGAAAUCAACAAUCCACAAAGUUAUUGGUUUGUCGUGAGAGAAGACCAAAGCAAUGUUAUAUUCAGUAGCAAUAAUUUUACUAUACAAGCACCACAAGCACAAGUUGCAGCUCAAGAAACGCGUUAUGUGGUAGACAGCUCAGCAGAUACUCGGCAAUAUGCUCAUGAUGUCCAAGUAGACCAUUUACCAGAACCCCAAGAGGACCCUGCCAAGGAAACCAAAGACUACAACUUCUGGGACAGGAAUAGAAUUAAACUAUUGCUGUCACUCUGUCUAGAAAACAGAUUCAAAAGUCCAAACAAAGACAAAAUGAUUUGGAAUGAAGUAUCAAUCCUACUGGGAACAACUCCUGAAGAGUGCGACAAGAAAUACAGAAACCUUCGUAGAACAUACAUAAGGCUACUGAAAAAGAAUAGAGCUGGUAAAGAAAUAAAAUGGGUCCACUACAACAUGUGCGAUGAAGUUUUCAAAGACUGCAAGUCCCUAUCUAUGACCAUGCUACCACCUUGGGAGGACUCCAAAGUUCGCAAAUUAUUAACUCUCUACAUUGAUAAUAUAAGCAAAUUCCGUAGCCCAGAACAUUUACAAAAAGACAUCUGGAAAGACAUUGCCUCACAGUUAAACACUACAGAGUAUAACUGUUACCAUAAGUUUAAGAAUAUGAAAAGAACUUACUUCAACUGGAUUGAGAGAAGUGGAGAAACUGGAAAGCUAAGAAAGUGGCCGUACCACCAUUACUUUGAACGAAUCUAUUACAACUACAAUCCAGAUUUGGGACCUUGGAAUAGAAAUAAAAUAAGACAGCUAAUAAAUUCUUAUUCCGACAUCGCUCACAAGUUCAGAAACCCUAAAUUUCAAAAAAAGGAACUAUGGAGAGAAAUUUCUAGAAAAGUUGGCGAAUCUCCCACAAAUUGCGAUAGAAAAUUUCGUAAUCUUAAACAAACAUACUUAAGAUUAAAAAUGAGAGCAGACACAGGUAGGUCUUUAACGAAAUGGAGGUACUUCAAAGACUUUGUCACGAUUUUCGAGAAUGAAUCAUUUGCAAUAGUGGAAGAUGGACAGGAUAAUAUAGUUUACAAGUCCUUGGAACAUGAUUAUAUAAAGCAAUUACUGACAUUCUAUUUGGAGAAUAAACAAAAAUUUAACGACCCACUUGUGAAGAAGAAACAGUUAUGGAGACAAAUCGGUCCACAGCUCGGUUUAACGGUGGAAGAAUGCGAUAAAAAAUUUCGUAACAUGAAACAAACUUAUAUAAGAUUAGCAGAGAAAAAGCGAGACACAGGAAAGGAUAACACUUGGCCAUACUACUCAUAUUUUGAAGAAAUUUACGAUGGAUCCAAGAUGUUUAGGAAAGAAUGCAGCCAUAAAUGCAGCGUUGAUAACACAACUUUCACAGAAAUAAGGAAUCUUGUUAAGGACCACGAAACUAAGGACAAAGACAAAUUUGAGAGACUUCUCUCCGCAAUACAAGACUCAAAUGAUAUUCAGAGGGAAAGGAAUAGAAUUUUGCAAGCUUUGUUGAAUAGAAAAUAGCGUCAGGUUUCUAGUUUAACCUAGGUACCAAUCGAAAAAUCUGAAAAAAUUAGGGUCACUAUUGACCAUAAUAUAACUUUAUAUUUCUAUAAGUUAAUGUAUAUUUUACAGGAAAAAUAAAACCAACGCUCUAAC